AUGAAUUACAGUAAUUCGGUUCUCAUUGGAAAUUGGAGCGAGGAAAGACUGAAGAAUGAGUACGAAUUCAAGUUGUUUCUACGAAAGCGCGAGAGAAAGGAAUUGUUGUUGCAAAGGUCCAGAACAUUAUUUAGCAAUUUAUUGAAGGAGCGACCACUUGCAAUAAGCGGAACUUUCGUAUUGUAUGGUUUUAACGUACAAGUUGUCGCUUCGGAUAUGCUAGUUAAAACCAAGUCCGCCACCGGAAAGCCUCAGUAUGGAUUAGCAUUAUCAAGCUUAGUGUCUGAACGACAAGUCGAUUGCUUGCAGAACAUCAAUGAUGGAUGCCUAAUGACUCUUUCACCCAUAACUACACCUUGCUGUCGGAAUACUUUUGUUAUACUUAGUGCAGCUGAUGAAAGUCUCCACGGAGAAAAAUUAAAUUAUGGCGAUGAAUUCUUGCUCAGGGCUGAAAACUACGGUGAUCCAGAUGCACCACCACUAUAUGUGCGGUAUACGCCUGAAGGAACUCCAGGACCAGCGGAUCGGAUGCCUAUACGAUUAAGUACUAGCAAAGAUAGUAGUUGUCGUUGGACUACCAUGCCACUACUGCCUCGUGAUCGGCUUGAAGGGUUAGGGAGUCCAGUGAAGACGGGAGCUAAGUUAGUCCUGAAGAACUGUGUUGCAGAUAAGAGUUUAUGUGUUAUGAAUCAAAAUUGGAUGCAAACUUUUUUUGGAUCUGAGUGUGGCGUGACAUGCCGCAAUUACAUAGAUGUUCAUAAAAGGUACACGGCGGAGAACAUUUUCACUCUGGUCAGCGAUGUGGAAACUAAAAAGAAAAAUUAA